AUGGCUGAAUUGCCGGGUUCAGGCGGUGCUGGUGCCGCGCAAAGUCAAGCGCAGGUACGGGUGAGGCUAACCACGCGAGACACAGAGCUCGCUGUCGAGGACCUCGCUCCCAUUCUCGUUCCUACCUCUUUCCGCCGUCUGACACUCUCUACCCUCGUCAACAGCCUCCUUGAAACCGAGAAGACGAUCCCUUUGGAAUUCAUCAUCAACGGCACAUAUCUUCGUACUACGCUAGACGAGUACCUCACGAGCAACGGUAUCUCUUCAGAGACAACCCUCUCAAUCGAAUACGUCCGUGCACGCAUUCCGCCUCAAUAUGUGGCAUCAUUUGAACACGAUGAUUGGGUCAGCGACGUUGACGUCUUGUCGACCACCUCUCCAAGAAUUCUCUCCGCUAGCUACGAUGGCCUGUUAAGAGUAUGGAAUUCUUCCUCCCAGAUUCUCGCGACGUCUCCAGGCGUCGCGAGAGGUGGACAUGGGUCUUUCAUCAAGUCUGCAAAGUUCAUAUCUCCAACUCAAGCAGUCUCAGGGGGGUUUGACCGCACUUUAAGAUUGUGGAAAUACUCGGAGGAUCAGGACGGGUUUUCAGCCAACCUCUCGCCUCAAAUCGAGCUCUAUGGGCACAAAUCCUCGGUAGAUUCAGUGUGCCCCCAUGCUGCCUCCUCCCGAAUACUAUCUGCCUCCUCCGACCACUCUGUUGGGCUGUGGUCCACGAGAAAAUCAGACGCACCCGCCGCACCCGAGGCUCUGGUCCCGAAGACAAGGACCAAGGAUGGCAAGAGGAGGAAACUGAACAGCGAGGUGUCGGUGUCACAGCGGGGGCCCCUCGCGCUGAUGCAGCAGCACACAGGACCAGUCUCUGGGGCCAUGUUCGAUCUCCACGAUCCCACGGUGGGCUAUUCGACAUCUUGGGACCAAACCGUGCGCACCUGGGAUUUAGUCACCGCUUCGCUGGUUGACACUCGAACCACCUCAAGCGCAUUGCUCUGCAUUGACCAUAUGCCCUCCCUUCAUCUCAUCGCAGCAGGCUCCGUCAGCCGCGUGGUCAAGCUGGUGGAUCCACGGACUUCCGCCGCAACAGUCACGGCCAUAACCUUAAAGGGUCAUAAGAAUUCAGUCGUCAGCCUAGCCCCAGAUCCUACCAACGACUACACCAUUGUCAGUGGCAGCCAUGAUGGAACUUGUAGGGUUUGGGAUGUCCGAAGCACCAAGCAGGAAAAGGAGGGUGCUGUCGGGCAAAGUCUCUAUACCUUGCCAAGAGCGAGCCUCAAUGGUGCUGCCAGUCCUGCGUCGGGCGAUGGUGUCAAAGUUUUCGGAGUGUGUUGGCACAGCGAGGUUGGCAUCCUCAGCGCAGGUGAAGACAAAGCUGUACAGAUCAACCGUAGUGACAGCCAGACUUGA